CGUCAAAAUAACCUGCUAAAAUCGCAAUUGAACGAGCAGAUGCAGAACAAGCAGUCAGACUUUGAGAAAGCUUUGAAGGCUGACGAGUCCAAACUCCGCGUUGCUGAGCAAGCCACUGCUGCUGAGCACGAAGCUGCUCUGGCUUUGAGGGAACAGCUGCGCGACGAGCAGAGACAGCACUUUGAAGAGCACGCGAAGAUGCAGCAUGCGGCUGAGUUGCUUCAGAACCAAUUAGAGUCCGAGCUGAAAGAGAAAGUUGCCGAAGAAGCCGAGAAGGAGCAGGAGCAUCUGAAGGCGAUGGAAGAACAGAAAAAAGCUUUUCAAGCGCAAUUGGAGGCCCAAGAGCGUGAGAUGCGUGAGAGGAUCGAGAAGAGUCGAAAAGAGGCUGAAGAGCAGGCGCAAGCGAUUCGCGCGGAGGCGAUUCGGCAAGCUCGCGAAGAUGAACACGCCACUAUGGAGGCAGCCAUGAAAAAAGCCUUAGCUGAGAAAAUGGCAAAAGCCGAGGCUGAGCACCAAGCGGAAAAAGCGAAGCUUGCUGCCGAAGCGGAGGCACAGCAUAGGGAGCUCGAGGAGCAAAUGAAGGCUGAGGCUGAGGCUUUGCGCGACAGGAUGUCAGAACAGCAGGAACUGCACGAUCAAGAGAUGGAGGAGGAGCACCAGGAGGAGAUGAUGCGGCAGAAGGAGGAG